AUGUCUCAUCGCUACAUAAUUGUAAUUGUUUUUCUAGCAACCCUGCUAUUGAAAGCGACCCCAAUUUUUGCUGAACAUUUCAAGUACGAAAUCUUCCAAAACCUGACGGAGUACCGAAAAAAUGAAGGCCUCAUCGAUUUGAAAGAGUACACAGCGGAGACUUCCUUCUGCGGUGAUCCGAAGUCACCCUUGAAGUCAAAUUCUGGCGCGGUAGAUAUUUGCAAAAGGUUUGUAAUACUCUUUAAGCGUUUAAACCCUAGCGAAGGCACCACUGCUGAAAGAUCUGACGGCCACCCCGCUUCUUCAAUUUCUAGCGCCACCCCCAAACACGCAGCCUUCUUGAACUACUGGUUGAGCACCCAAUUGAGGGAUAAAAACAUCCCUGAAAAUCUGAGGCCCCUUCUUUACCUACACCUGAAGACGCACUACGAUAAGUUUAAAGGCAAAUACAAAUUAACGGACCAAUUCCACCCCAUUGAAAGUGCCCACUUGGAAAAACUUGACAUACUGCACGAGCUGUAUAGACAAUACUACGAAUUAAAAAAUAACAAACUGGGAGGAGGAGAAAAAAAAGAAGGCGAUAGGGAUGAGGGGUGUCUGAAUUUUCUCCAGAACUGCAAGGAUAAUUAUAAUAAGGGGCUGGAAAAAUGCCUCCCCCAAGCUGAUAACCAGUUCUGCAUAGCAUUAAACCGUUUUAGAAACUUAUAUGAAGAAGAUAAGGCCUCCUUCUCAGCCGCCUGUCACAAUAAAACGUUGCCUUCUCUGCCAGAAAUAGCAUCACUUCGGUUACCCAAGGCAGUAACUGGGGGAACUCCCAAAAUAGGGGGUGACUUAGUUCAGGCGGAGCAAAGCAGUUCCACCCAUCAACUCCCCAAAAUAGUGGACGACGUGGUAUUCUCAUCAUUUUUCUUUAACAAAAAUACACAAAUUAUUGUCAGACCAUCAUCAUUUUCCUUACAAAGCGUGUACCCCAACCUGUAUAAGCUCCUACUUCUGCAAUACACUUCCCUCUUUGAGUACGACGAGGAGAAGAUAAAAAACAACUUAAUGGAGGUUCUGCACGAAUUUCUUAAAUAUUACAAUCUGAAUAGAGGGAAUUCCAGCGUAGAUUUAUUUAUAAAGGAAUUCUUCUACGAUUAUUAUAAAAACAAAAAGGAGGAAUAUGAAAAAAUAUACGCAGAAUGUUCCAACAAAAAACCGCUAACCUCCUACUGCAAGUUGUACUAUAGAUGUAACGACCAGCUGAGGGACGACCUCUUUUCCAUCAAAGAAGAUGUUGCCAAGUACCUUGGAGACAAAGCUAAAUCAUAUCAGCAGGCGCUUUCUGGAAAUCCCCCAACUGAAACAGAGAUGCAUAAAAUAGGAAGAAGUUCGCUUAUAUCAUUACACAGAUUCGCGAUCGUGUCCACAGUGAUAGGAGUGUUUUUCUUUCUAUUCUCUAUAUAUGAGGUUUGUAAAAAUUGCCUUAAAAUGUAUAUACUCUUCAUGUGCAUGUUAUAA